GCGUGCGGCAUGUUUGGCCACAGCAAGAACUCGAAGAAGUGCCCGCUGUACUGGCAGACGCAGCAGCAGCGGCGCGAGGAGGAGCAGAGCCAGUACAACCGGGACGUGGAGCGGCGCGGGACGGUGCUCAAGAUCCACGCUGGCGCGGUCAAGGCGACCGAGAACAAGGUGGUCAUCGGGGGCGAGAAGCUGCGCCGCAUCAAGCGCAAGCAGGAGGAGGAGGCCUCCCGCGAGCGCAAGCGGGCGCGCGCCUCGCGUGGCGCCGCCGGCCGCAGAGCAGGCAACCCGCUCGUGACGCUCAACAACGAGCUCAAGAAGGUCGCCGACGAGCUGCGCCGUGCGCAAGAGUACGAGCCGUUUGUCCUGCCCGUCGCAAAGUACAUCCCGUCGUACACGUCGCACAUCGCCCGGCCGAUGGACCUGCACACCAUGGGCCUCAACUGCGACAAGCAGGCGUACAGCCGCGCCGCAGCCUUCGAGGCCGACCUCGACCUCAUCGCCUCCAACUGCCACGACUUCAACACGAAGCACAACCAGAACCUGCACCUCGAGCCGAUCGCGCGCGCCCUCGCAGAGCGUGGCAAGGCGCUCGUCGCCGCGCGCCGCGAGGCCAUCGCGGCCAUCGAGGCGCAGCUCGAGCGCGACGCUCUCGCGCCGCCGCUCGCGCGCCGCCCAAAGCGGCCGCACACCAGCCGCUCCUCGCGCGGCGCGGGCUACGCCUCCCUCGCCGCCCUCCCCAGCAGCAGCGCCGCCGGCAGCUCCUCCUCCGCCUUCGACGCCGCCUCCUCCGCCUUCGAUGGCGACGACGCCUCCUCCGUCGCCGACUCGUCCGCCCUCGACGCCUCCUCCGUCGGCGGCGGCUCCGACGGCGAGGGCGGCUACGCGGUCGACGCCGCCUCCGAGGCGGGCUCGUCCCUCUUCGACCAGUCCGAGGGCGAGGCCGACGGCGCGUCCGCCUUUGGCGAGUCGGAGGUCUCUGACGGUGGGGCGUCCGAAGUGUCCGAGCUCACGUUUGGAGCGCCUUCAGAGGGCGGCUUCUGA